GCUCACGACCCCGCGGCGACUUGGCGAACACACACAGGCCGGGCGGGAAGGCGGCGAGAGGGGCCCUCUGGUGGGCGGGUGUGUGGCUGCCCAGCCGAGGCAGGCGGCGAGCGGCAAGCAGCAGAGAAAGAGCAACUGGAGGCCAAAGCAACACCUACGGAGGGGACGAGGGGAGACGAACGCGUUCGUUACCAGCAUCGUGAAUAUAUGCCGGUGCUGUCUGGGAAUGAAGGACAAGGCAUUGGCGGCAUUCAUUCGAAGGGCAACUUGGAGGCUGAAAUGUAGGCGCAGGCCGGUCUCAAAGCUACGCCGCCAAGAGGCAGCCCACUUAGCUCUCGCUCCUCUGUCAGCUUGCAGUCAUCUUUCAUCGCCAUUGAGGAGCGCUCCAGCUGAAACACGUGGUCCGCGCCGCGUCGCGUCUUUUCUCAGGAUGAACAACCGCUGCGAUGCUCACAUCCUCUCUUGCCUCUCCACCAUCCGCUCGGGAUCAUCGAAGAGAAAGCCCAUCUUAGCCAGGCAGUCCUACGAUGAUGAGGAGCAAAUCUUGGCGAUUGUCGCUGCUCCCUUCUCCAUCCCGUCACCGCAAUUGUAGCGCCUCUUCGCCUUGAUGCCUGCUCAGCGCCGCACUCGAUCGCGGACCGCGAUGUCCCCUCUGACCCUUUCCCCCUGCCCUUGGGUCGGCGAU